AUGAUAACACGAUCGAAUCUUGCGGAACAGCUGCGAGAUUAUCAGAUUCGAUCCAAGCAUGAUUGGGCCUCUGUCUCCUUCUUCUCUUCUACUUCUCCCAAUAUCGCCACUUCCAGGGUGGAUGUGGUGGUCUUUGUAAUAUGGGAACUUGUUGUUUUAGCUUUCUUGGUGUUUUCAGUUGUUUCUUUGUACUUUAAGCACAUCCGGCUUGCUUUUAUAUUAGUCUUCAUCACAGUGCUCUUACUUUUAUGCAUGAAAAUUACAAAGCAAGUAAGACUGGCAAGGAAAAAGAAACGGCGGAUGCUUCUUCCAUUGUCAAUGUAA